CAGCUUGUUUAACUUCCGCUUCAUUUUAUAUUGCUCGUUUAACGUAAAUGAACUGUUUUUCGAUCUACACCAGGAGUGUUUAAAGUGAAAUGUACGUAAGGGUUCUCCUUAUAUUUGUGGCAGUGGCCUAUGUUGAUGUUAGUGCUCGUAUCAUGUGUAACUUCCAUUCGCAAAGUUGGAUUUAUGCUAUGACACAAUGCCUACAACUAAGGGGCACACUAGUAGGUAAAAGCACAGAAUUGUCGCUGACGGGACUACAUUUGAAUGGAUCGUUUUGGACUGCCGACUAUGCUUCAUGGACUGAAACUGCCAUACGUUUAUCAGGUUCUCCGAUCGAGUGUGAAUACCGAACUAAAGGCUUAAUCAUUCAGAUCAGCCAGAUAAAGUCAGGAAAUUGUGACGAAAUGAAGCAUUACAUUUGUCGCGACCACAACAUGACACAGCCGAGUGUAAAGACUGGAACCUGGAAAGAAGCGUCCAAAUGUAACGAAACAUACUCAGCAGCAGAAGUAGUAGAAAUGACUGUUGGUGACUACUGGCUUAGAACCGCAUAUCAGAAUUACGUGUUUACAGGUUACAGUAACAGAACCAUUGACCGAUGUGGGACGUUGUACGUUAGUGGAACAUUUCAGUUUGUCAGUACCUGUUUCACUUCGCUGUAUUCUUUUUGUGAAGUUGAGAACUACAGCGGAGACUAUCUUUCAGAGUGUGGAUCAACUAUUAUAACAAAGCAGCCUUCUUCAAAUAACCCACAAACGUUUGUUUCACACAAAACAGAAACAUUAACAACAACGACCAUGUCAAUCAACGGGGAUACAUCGACAGAAUCUAUAUAUCGUAACGAAAGUUCCAGUUCAUUAGAUUUCAAAACAAGAACAACGGUGCAACGAACAACAGAAACAUUUACAGCAACAAUAACAUCAAUCACCGAAAAUACAUCGACAGAUUCAAUAGUUCGAAGUCAAGCUUCAAGUUCAUCAGUGCAAAACAACACAGAAACAAGUACAGCUACAAUAAUGUCAAUCAACGGGAAUACAUCGACAGAAUCUGUAGUUCAUAACCAUGAUUCCAGUUCAUCAGGUUCCGCUCUUUGCAUUGGUUUAGGUGUUAGCAUGAGCAUUGUAGUCAUCGUUUUAAUUACCACCGUCGGCGUUCAUAUUUAUAAAAGAAGAUAUAGGAGAAAACCCGACAAUUCGCAAGUGUCCGUUCACAUGAACGCAUUGUAUGACGUAAGUUGCCAAAAUAAGACGCCUAGAAAACAUGAGCACAAAAAUGAAAGUUAUGAGUACGCAGUUCCAAAUCAGCUGCGGAAAAACGCCGUAAACCGGCGUGCAGUAAAGGGUUUUGAAAAUGAAUUUGCUGACCUUAAUGCUUAUAGUAAAGCAAUACCAAGGACACAAAGGAACGUGAAUACGAUAGAUUUGCAGUCAAGAAAAGCAACUAACACCGGCUUUCCUAGUGAUUCCACGGUAACAAAAGCUGAAAACGCGGCUGUAAUGAGUGACGAGUAUGAUGAUGUUAAUUCCUUUGAUGCACCAGAUCCAAUCAACAUGAACGUUUACAGUCAUCUUGGACGCCAUGAUAACGAUGACGCAUACGACGUCGCUUCGUAUACGCAAACACAUCAGUCGCAAGAAGGAAUGAAUGAUUACGAUAGACUGGAUAAACAUUCUUAACAUAAAAAAGAACACCGAGACCUGCUUAAUUAAAAUAGCAGUCAUUUUUGUUUUUGGUAAUGUGUUUAUGAGAGAAGAUAAUUUAAGCUUGAACAAAACCUUGAGUGUGUAAGUGUGUCAUUUGAAUCAACGCAUAUAUGGAAUAUUGUUUAUCAAUACUUUGCUUUUGCUUGGAAUUCUUAAGGACUGUUUCGAGUGGCGAAACCGGGAAAACCCCCAAAUAAUUGUGAUUUUACUAUUGAAUAUAAGGAAGUGAAAGUCCA